CGGCACCCACGAAUAGUACAUCAAAACCUGCAAGUAACAUAUCAACAUCUGCUAAUAGUACACGACCAUAUACAAACAGCGCAACGACACCCACAAAUAGUACAUCAAAACCUGCAAGUACCAUAUCAUCAUCUGCUAAUAGCACAACACCACCUGCAAACAGCCCAACGACACCCACGAACAAUACAUCGCCACUUGCAAGUAACAUAUCAACAUCUGCUAAUAGUACACCAACCUGCAAACAGCGCAACGACACCCUCGAAUAAUACAUUAAAACCUGCCAGUAGCAUAUCAACAUCUACUAAUAACACACCACCAUCUGCAAGCACUGCGAGAACACCCAAGAAUAGUACAUCAAAACUUGAAAGUAACACAUCAUCAUCUUCUAAUAGUACACCACCGUCUGCAAACAGCGCAACGACAUCCACGAAUAGUACAUCAACACCUGCAAGUUACAUAUCAACAUCUAUUAAUAGUACACCACCACCUGCAAAAAUCGCAACGACACCCACACAUAGUACAUCAAAACCUGCAAGUAACAUAUCAUCAUCUGCUAAUAGCACAACACCACAUGCAAACAGCGCAACGACAUCCACGAAUAGUACAUCAACACCUGCAAGUAACAUAUCAACAUUUGCUAAUAGUACACCACCACCUGCAAACAUCGCAACGACACCCACACAUAGUACAUCAAAACCUGCAAGUAACAUAUCAUCAUCUUCUAAUAGUACAACACCGUCUGCAAACAGCGCAACGACAUCCACGAACAGUACAUCAAAACCUGCAAGUAACAUAUCACCAUCUGCAAAUAGUACACCACCACCUGCAAACAGCGCAACGACAUCAUCGAAUAGUACAUCAACACCUGCAAGUAACAUAUCAACAUCUGCUAAUAGUACACCACCACCUGCAAACAUCGCAACGACACCCACACAUAGUACAUCAAAACCUGCAAGUAACAUAUCAUCAUCUGCUAAUAGUACAACACCGUCUGCAAACAGCGCAACGACAUCCACGAACAGUACAUCAAACCCUGCAAGUAACAUAUCAACAUCUGCUUAUAGUACACCAACACCUGCAAACAGCGCAACGACACCCACGAACAGUACAUCUCCACUUGCAAGUAACAUAUCAACAUCUGCUAAUAGAACACCACCACCUGCAAACAGCGAAACGACACCCACACAUAGUACAUCAAAGCCUGCAAGUAGCAUAUCAACAUCUGCUAAUAGUACACCACCACCUGCAAACAACGCAACGACACCCACGAAUAGUACAUCAACACUUGCAAGUAACAUAUCAACACCUGCUAAUAGUACACCACCUGAAAACAGCGCAACGACACCCUCGAACAGUACAUCAAGACCUGCAAGUAACAUAUCAUCAUCUGCUAAUAGAACAUCAACACCUGCCAACAGCGCAACAACAUCAACUAAUUGUACAUCAAAACCUGCAAGUAACAUAUCAACAUCUGCUAAUAAUACACAACCGUCUGCAAACAGUGGAACGACACCCACGAAUAGUACAUCAACACUUGCAAGUAACAUAUCAACAUCUGCUAAUAGUACACCACCUCCUGCCAACAGCGCAACGACACCCACACAUAGUUCAUCAAAACCUGCAAGUAACAUAUCAUCAUCUGCUAAUAGUACAACACCGUCUGCAAACAGCGCAACGACACCCACAAGUAGUACAUCAAAACUUGCAAGUAACAUAUCAACAUCUGCUAAUAGUACACCGCCACCUGCAAACAGCGCAACGACACACAGGAACAGUAUAUCAUAACCUGCAAGUAACAUAUCAUCGUCUACUAAUAAUACACAACCACAUGUAAACAGCGCAACGAAACCCACGAAUAUUACUUCCAACCCAACAAGUAACAUAUCUACAUCUGCAAAUAGUACAUCACCACAUGCAAACAGCGCAACGACACCCACGAACAGUACAUCAAAACCUGCAAGUAACAUAUCAACAUUUGCUUAUAGUACACGCAUACCGCAAAAUAGCGCUUCAACAUCGGAGGGAGCCAAGAUAGUGAUAUCCAACAUUCAAACACCAGUGCCAUCAGAUGGGGCUUAAACAACACCUGGAAAUGAAGGACUUACAGUCUUCGAGCCCAAGACCUACAUGCUCUACAUGAUGGUCGCUAUGACAACGAUAAAACAUUUGGUCUAGAAUGGUUUACGUUUACACUCUUCGAAAAUUUAACAAAACACCAUCAAAAAGCAUUGCUUGCUUAGGGAUUCAUUGGUGCUAAUUAAUAUGGAUAACUUUGAAAACAUGAAAAACCAUUGUUACCAAUUCGAACUAAUGAAUUUGAUUUAAAAUGUAUUUGUUGUUAAAAUAAUGUUAACUAUAUACAGUUGUAUAUAAAAAGUUCUACUUAUUAUUGAAGUUUGUUGAAAGUUUGAUUAUGCAUAAUUUUGUAUAAUGUUAUUGUGUGUAUGAAAUAUAAACAAAUCCAACAUAUUACAACUAUUUUAAUUUAAACUUAACGUUUGUAAUAAUUAUUUUUGCAUUUUGUCAUAUAUUAAUUAGUUUUUUUCUAAACUACCCAUA